AUGGCAAAUAUCAACCCCAACAAUAUUUCACCCAGAACAUCAUCCAACAUGAAGUCUUCUCUCCCUUCAAUACACGCAGCUUUCACCAGAGAUACACCCCCCUCCACACGCCCAAACUCCCAUACAACCAGACCCACAACGACGACGAUGACACCUGCAACAAACCAACGCAAGCCAGUCCCCAACACCCGCCACCUAGCUAUAGCUCUUCACCACGCACACCAAAUCCAGGCUCGCAAAGAUACCGAAUCCCUCAUCCUCUCCCGCAUAGAAUACCUCCUCUCCUUCCCCAGCCACCCCUUAGCUCUCACCUCCUCCCCGUCCCCCGAUGAUGUCAAAGCCUUCAAAGAAGCUCUCCUCCCCUUCCAACCAUCCGACUACGACAAUCUAAUCCUUGAACGGAACAUCGAGGGCCGCUGCGGUUACGUGCUAUGCGCAAAUGAGCAUAGGAGGGAGGAGCCGAAGGCUAAAUUUAGGGUUGUCUGGGGGAAGAAGGGUAGUGGUCCUGGUGGGCGGGGAAGGGAGAUGAAGGUUGUCCCCAAGGAACAGAUUGAGAAGUGGUGUUCGGAUGAGUGUGCGGAGCGGGCUAUGUAUAUUCGUGUGCAGCUUAUUGAGCAACCGGCGUGGGAGAGGGGGCCUGGUAGUGCGGUGGAGAUUUUGUUGUUGGAGGAAGGGAGGGCGAGGAGGGAGAGGAAAAGGGAAAGGGAGAGUUUGGUAAAAGUGUGCGGAGAGGGGAAGGGGAAAGAGAGGGAGAGCGAGAGUGAAUUGGUGGAUGAGGAGCGGGUAAGGGAUACGGGGGAUAUUGAUGAGGCUAUGCGUAAACUUGUCAUUAGUGAUAAGAGCUUGGAUCCGGAAGGGAUUUUGCAGGGUAUGGAUCAGUUGGCUGUCUACGGGACGGAUAUGCAGAUGGAGGAAAGUAGUAACCAUAUUGGUCAAGCUGCGCUUGCUAUUGAGAGGGGGGAUAGCGCUCCGCGACCCGGACUGGAUGCUGGACGGGUUGGGGUGAACAUCUUUGAGAAGCACCCGCGUACUGGUGGUCUUGGUGCUGUCGAGGCGCCAUCAACGCGAAUGGAGGAUUUACAAGGUGGCUCCAUUGAGGGCUUUGACCCCGGGCAGCUUGGUACACCCAGGCCAGAUGCAAUGGAUGGCAUCGAGGAGGACAAUGACAUACUACCAACUAUUUAG